AUGGCGACCCCCGCCGCCUGCAAUCUCCCUCUAAUCCUGUUAUUCGUCGCCGCCGCCUUAUUCCCAUCGCCGGCAGUCGCCGGCGGCGAGCUCCGGGGCCCUCCGAUGGGAUCCGUCGGCUUCCUCUUCCCCGGCGACGGCGGCGGCGCCGCCGGUGGCAAGCACCUGUCGCGGGAGUUCCUCGACGCCCACAACAGGGUCCGGCGAUACGUCGGCGAGGCCCCCGUCGUUUGGGACCGCUCGCUGGCCAUGUACGCCCGCCGGUGGGCGAAGCGCCGCCGAGACUGCCGGUGCAUCCACUCCGGCGGCCCCUUCGGGGAGAACAUGUUCUGGGGCACCGGCAAGGGCUGGCGCGCCGCCGACGCGGUGAGGAGCUGGGCCUUGGAACACUACGAUUACGAUCGCAGCAGCAAUUCCUGCCGCCCCGGCAGGAUGUGCGGCCACUACACGCAGAUCGUCUGGAACGCCACCGCCAUGGUCGGCUGCGCCCGCACCGUCUGCUUCGACGGCGGCGUCAUCAUGGUCUGCAACUACCACCCGCCGGGCAACUUUAUCGGCGAGAACCCCUUCGAUUCCGCCGCCUGA